AAUUUUCAAAAAUCUUACGAAAUGUGGCCUUGGGAAUGAAUGAGCAUUAAAAUUGAAAACAAUAAAGAUAACCCUUCAUUCUGCAUUGAUAUGGCUUUACGAUCAAGCAGAAACUUUUCUAAGAAAAUAUUGUUUCCAAGUUUUGAACAGAAUUCAAGACAAAACUCAAAUAUUCGCAUUGUAGAAGUGGGCCCUAGAGAUGGAUUACAAAAUGAGCCUGUCAAUGUCCCAAGUGAUAUUAAAAUACAAUUCAUCAAUAAGCUAUCUGAAACAGGCCUAAAAACUAUUGAAGUAACUAGUUUUGUAAGUGCAAAAUGGGUACCACAAAUGGGAGACAAUACCAAAGUUUAUUCAGGAAUCACAAAAAAAGAUUACAUAUCCUAUCCAGUCCUAGUGCCAAAUGUAAAGGGAAUGGAAGAAGCACUCAAAGUUGGAGUGAAAGAAGUUGCAGUAUUUGCAUCAGCCUCUGAAGGUUUCUCAAGAAAAAAUACAAAUUGCUCCACUCAAGAAGGCAUUAAUCGAAUCAUUGAACUAAUGAAGAUAGCUAAAGAUCAUAAUAUCAAGAUACGGGGCUAUAUAUCUUGUGUAGUAGGCUGUCCCUAUGAUGGAAUAAUCAAUACAGCAUCUGUUGCUGGAGUGGCUGAGGCACUACUAUCUAAUGGAUGCUAUGAAGUAUCUCUUGGAGACACCAUAGGAGUAGGAACAAGAAAAACCAUAGAAAACCUGUUGAAAGACCUGUUGAAAAUCACAACAGCUGACAAGCUAGCAAUGCAUUGCCAUGAUACAUAUGGACAAGCAUUGGUCAACAUUUGCACAGCCUUGGAACAUGGAAUCACUGUAGUUGACUCCUCAGUAUCUGGUCUAGGUGGAUGUCCUUAUGCUAGAGGGGCCACAGGAAAUGUUGCUACUGAAGAUCUUGUGUAUAUGUUGCAUGGUAUGGGAAUGGAAACUGGCGUGGAUUUGAAGAAACUCAUUGAGACUGGAAGGUUUAUAAGUGACUUUUUGAAGAAGGAUUCUGCUUCAAGAGUGAACAAGACAUUAUAUUCUAAAUACUUUAAUUGAUCUUUGUUGAUUGGUUUUGUACAUAUAUUAUUCCUAAAGUUUCAUUAUUUAUUUUAUUUUCAUUAAAUCCCAUAGGAGGGUUCAAUUAUCUUACCUUCAGAUUUGGGUAUGCAGCACAAAGCACAUCAGCAUCACAUGGGAAGACAGAAUAACUUCCAUAAAACAAGCCACACACAGAAAACAGGAGUUCAACUAAUAUUGAUAAUUAUUCUCAAACAUCCAAUCUGUCAGGUAUAAUCAUUUUAAGAAUUGUUAAUGGUUAUUUAUAAAAAUAAUAUUUAGCAACAUAUAUAUGAAUUUGGACAUGUCUCUUUGAAUUUUGCCGGUAAC